GAUACGGAAGUCAGCAAUAAACAGUAAAUGAAACGCCGUUUUUUUUUUUUUAAACAAAUGUAUUUUAAUAAACUCUUAGUGGCCCUAUGAUUUACAAUAUAAUAUAUAGUCAAAUGUAAAUUAACGUCAGGUUUACGUUUUGUUUUAGAACUAGCGAUGUGAAGAAAUGAUGCCGUCACUCCAAAUCCAACAUGUCACUUUCAUGUUCCUCAUUUACACUUUCACCGUGAUAAAGCGUCGCCGCGUAGCCGAGGGACCGGCAGUGUCGCGUUUUUAAUCAUCAUGGAAUAUGAAUUGCUACUUUGACAACGAACCGGGCCGCCUUUUGUCGGUUUAGUGGUCGGGAGACCCCAGGAAGUAUCCUGGGCCCGAGUGACUCUUCGAAGUCCUACUGCGGUGACUCGUUCCCUUUGGAACAGGAUCUGAUGCUACACCAUCAUGGAUCGCAAGGACUCUGUCAGCAUCCGAGUGUUCUCUCUCAACUGCUGGGGGGUGCGCUACCUGAGCAAGCACUGCGCUCAGCGGUACGCCAUGAUCGCGGACAUGCUGCACCAAGAAAAACACGACGUGGUCCUCCUGCAAGAAGUGUGGAGUGAAAAAGACUACCUCUUCCUGAGGAAGAAAUUGGCCAGUAGCCACGUUCACUCGCAUUAUUUUAAGAGUGGAGUCAUCGGUAGCGGAUUGGCCAUUUUCUCCAAGCACAGAAUCCAAGACACGCUUCUUUACCGCUACUCCCUUAAUGGGUACCCGUACAUGGCUCACCACGGGGACUGGUUCGGCGGCAAAGCUGUGGGCCUGGCCGUCGUGAACGUCGGCACGCUGACCGCAAACUUCUACUUGACCCACCUGCACGCCGAGUACUGCCGGGAGAGGGACGCGUAUCUGCCUCACAGGGUGGUCCAGGCCUGGGAGCUGCAGCAGUUCAUCCGCCACACGUCCGCCGGCGCCGACGUGGUGGUCCUCGGCGGCGACCUCAACAUGCACCCUCAGGACCUCGGCAACCAGCUGCUGACGUCCUACACGGGACUGCGGGACGCCUACGCCGAGACCAACGCCUUUGACGGAUGUGAAGACGGUCUGACUCUUAUCCUGGACAAUCCUUUCAUCAGCCAGAAAGUGAUCACUCCCUUUAAGAAAGGCAUCAGGAUCGACUACAUCCUCUUCAAGGGUUCUUCCAAAGCCGACAUCGAGUGCGCGUCCAUGUGCACCACCAAGGGCUCCGUUCCGGGAAAGGCUUUCCCCUACUCGGACCACGAGGCUCUGACGGCCGAGUUCAGACUUGACGUGGCCGCUCCGAGCGAGGCCGGCGGAGACUUCCGGGCGAGGAGUCCUGAUUGUGCAGCAGAGCACGUGGCCCGACUGGUGGACAUACUGACGGAGGCCCGCACCGAGGUAAAAGUGGGCGUGCACUGCGCCGAGCGGAUGCGCUACACGGCGGCCCGCACGGGCGCCAUGGGCUUGGCGCUGCUCCUGCUGGAGCUGGCCAUCGCGGCCGUGCCCUGGCUGGCGCUGGGCGCCCAGCAGGCCUUCCCGCUCAUCUCCUUCUGUUUGCUGGCGGCGCUGUGCUUCGCCAUCCUGCUGUGCACCUCGCUGCUGUAUGUCUUCUACUCCAUGGAACUCAAGUCCCUGCAGGGCACCGAGGACCAGAUGAGGCUGGCGGUGGGAAGCCUGCAGGAGAGGCUGCGGGGCUUCCCCGCGGCCAAGCUCCUGCCCACGGGUCCGCAGCCUAGCGGCGGGUUGCCUGCGGAGGCAUAACGGGCUUGGUGAAAUCGGAUCCGUCCAUUUUCAAUACCACUUCUUAUCUUAAACAGUGUUACAAAGGCCGCACAUGCCACCCUCAGCUUUUUAGUGAUGGAAAUAGCUUGACACACAAGUAUGAGAACUUAGUUUGUGAUUUACUUUAAUAUUGGAACAUAUUUCACAAUUACAGUUAGCCUCAUCACGGAGGGAAAAAAAACACGCAUCACAGGAUAAUCAGCAUCGUAUUUCUGCGGUAUCAUAGAAUCAGGUCUUUGCUGACUCGCAAAGUGGACCACAAACAUUUCAAUCAUUUGUUUACCCUCAAUGUUUUCUGAACAGAUUGGUGAGGAAGAAAUAAGUGAACACACCCCAAAUCACAUGAUCGCUCAGGAUAAGCCUUUACAGACGUCCAACAAUCGGGCCCUAUAGAAUAAGUGAAAACAUUCGAGUUACCUGCCCAGUGGACCUUUCCGACUGGCAGUCUCAAGCUCCGCCCCCUUAGCUACCGUUGCCAUGUCCCACAAGCUUCCAAAAUACCUGCUUUGUCCCACAAGCUUCCAAAAUGGUGACUGAACAGAACAGGUUUAAAGUCGAUUCUCUAUCGCGUAUUCCAGAUAAUGUUGCGGUAUGUUUUUUGACAAAUGCGUGAGAAUUGUCCAAGAGAGUUCUACAGAGCGGUCUCAACUAUUUCACGCAAGGAUAUGUACACGGAAUUAAGAUUUUGGACGGAGCAGGACGCAAUGUCAGAGUUACAGCGAAAUGUUGGCAAUCGAUGCAAAAAAAGUUUGACGCCUCACAAACGUCAUAUUGAAAUCCAACGGGAUAAAAUAGUGGUACUGCGGAUGUAAAGCCAGGGGACUACUUUUUUGGAAAGAUAUAUAUAUAUAUUUUUUUUUUAGCUUCGCUAAGCUACAAGCUAGCAGCCAUUUUAGACGCCGCCAUGCAAUAGACGAGAAGUGUGCACGGCGCUCUUAUGCUCUGUGUACAUUAUGCAAAUACCUGGGUUUAUUCAUUUGACUUGGCUCGUAAUGGAGCCCAGUGCUCUGUCUUAAAAGUCCGAUGUGAUACAAAUAGGCAAAUAGACAAUUCUCUUCCAUGACAUCGCGCAUUUACGUAUCACUAACCCGACUCUUUGGCAUAAAACAUGACGCACUUCAUUCAGCAGGUAACAAAGUGAAAGUUGUUCUCCGGCAAUGUAUAAAAAUUCAAUCAAACUCAGAAGAUACUUCUCCCUCACUUACCUUCGAACAUACAGCUUUGUGUUUGUUGAUAUUGUCCACAUUUAGUUGUACGUGCGCUCUUCCGCGAGACUUAAUCCAUUGUAGACACUUCGUCAACUGUGUUUUAGGCUUUGGAAAAUGAAUCAACCGGCCCGCUGGUAACCUAGCAGGAUAUCUUUCAUCCGAAUUGCACGUUCCCCGAACUCAUUUUCUUCGUAACAUUAACUUUUUCGACCCCACGCUACUGACAACCAGCAUUGCUUGUGGGACAACAUGGCGGCAGGGGCGUGUCAAGCCAGGGGUUAAGACAAUGCGUCCAUUGUUAGCAAGAGAUGGAUCCGCCACAUGGAAAAGCUAACCGAUUAAAAUGAGGCAAAUCAACCAUCAUGCCAACAUUUUUAUGCUCGUUAAUCAUUUCGCCAGCUUUUUGUGCUUGUCACUUUUUUUUUUUAAGGCCUCCAUCAAUGCAACUUUUCAUUCCAGCCAGCCAACGCUUCGGGGGACCACGUCCAAUAUUCCCGUUCCUGCGUUUACGUAAUGUUCACUCCACUGCACACUCCAGGGUCGACACUUUAGUGUCUGAAACAUUUCAAAAAGUACUGUGUUAUGAUCCACGGAAUCACUGGCCAAUAUGUGAAAAAAUUGUCAACGGUUGUUAAAUUAGCGUGCAGUGCACUUAAUGAGAUCAAUCUGUUUAUAGUAGGAACUAGAUAAUGGUCGAAAUACCUGAGCCACUUUUUACUGAUUUUAUUUCACUGCUUAAGCUUUCAGGAAAUCGUUGGAAAAUUAUUUGGGUUUUUUUUUUUGUAGAAAAUUGUUUUUUGUUUUUAAUCCUCAUUCUACAUGAGAUCCAUUCCAAUUGUGUUUUGGAUGAUGUUGAAAGCAAAAAGAAAUUUUGGAGUCGCCACUUGAGGGCACCUUCACCACUUUUUAAUUUCUGAUGACUUGUGAUGAUUAAAUGUCAACAUGUUAUAAAAUGGCUGAAUUAUUCUGAGAAACCAACUUUGUAUUUCAUUUUAUGAUUAUUUUGGUUUUUAUCUUUUAUAAAUAACAUGGAUAUUUUGAGGUAGAGCAUUUAUCAAAUAGCGGCUUUUGUAAUAGCAUGUAUUGUUAUUUACCACAUUUAUUUGCUUAUAUUCUAAAUAUUAGAAUCAUUUCACAUCUACUUUAUUUUUUUUGUCAUUUUGGACUUCUACUUCCAAAUUGUCAUUUUUGGCUACUUUUUCAAUAACCAAAUAUU